GUCUGAGUGGAAGCAAAGGAGAGAGAGGACCCAUGGGCGUUCCAGGUGCUCAAGGUCUGAGUGGACGCAAAGGAGAGAGAGGACCCAUGGGCGUUCCAGGUGCUCAAGGUCUGAGUGGACGCAAAGGAGACAAGGGCUUCCAAAGAAGAGGUGGACCCAAAGGAGACAUUGUAGACUCCGACGUGGAGGGGCUAGCUGGUGAGAAAGGGGAAAAGGUAUGUCUGGAGAAUCUGGCACUAAAGGACAGCACAGAGUGAGGAGACCUUGGACAUAAUGGUCCAACAUGGAGACUCUGGGAAGCCAGGUGAUGUAGGACCCCCUGGACUGCCUGGUCCUCGGGGGUUGAACGGCAUGAGCGGUGUGCAUGGCAGGCCGGGUAUUGAGGGUCCACCGGGACAAGAUAUAUCUGACCAGCAUAUUAUUGAUGUGGUAUAAAGAAUGUUGCAAGAGAGGCUGGCGGCAGCAGUAGCAGUGAGCACUACAAGGGCUGUGCCGUUGAACAACCGGCUAUUCUGGUCCUCCGUGAUUAAUGGUUCCACAAGGACCACAUGAUUUGCCUGGUUCCCGAAGAAUUCCUGGAACGAUGGGAGCUGACAGACGGAUUGGAAACACAUGUCUUAAAGGUAGGGACAUGUUUAGUUUCAUCUACAGUAAUGUGUGUGUAUACAUAUGCUUACAUAUACAUAUUUAAACAUGUGUAUACAUUUGUACCAAUGUGUACAUAUGUAUGCACUUUUUUUUUAGUCAGUAUACAAACGUACAACGAAUUGGGGUUAGGGUUAGAGGGUUAACCCUAACCCCAACCCUAACCGACUGUCUUCUAUGCCUAAAACCUACCCUCUAACCCUAACCAUAACCCCAACCCUAAACGACUUUCUUUCUAUGCCUAAAUGCUACCCAUCUCGCUUUCUCUUUAAAUCUAACCCUAAAUCCUUACCCCAACCCUAACCCCAAUCCUAACCCCAACCCUAACCGACUGUCUUUUCUAUGCCUAAAACCUACCCUCUAACCCCAACCCUAACCGACUUUCUUUCUAUGCCUGAAUCCUACCCGUCUCUCUUUCUCUUUAAAUCUAACCCUAAAUCCUUACCCUUACCCCAACCCUAACCGACUGUCUUUCUAUGUCAAAGACCUACCC